AAAGAGAAGAGCAGCAUUAUACACACCGAGACCUUCGCCGAGGUCCAUUCUCUCUCUGCUCUUCGCCAUGUGAAGCCUGAAACCCAGCUCUACCUCUCUGACUCUCUUGUCUCUCUAAAUUUUCUAUUACUCUAUUAAUCCCUGUUCAUCCCACUCAUUAACCAAAAUUUUGGAUCCAAAGACUCAAAACUUUCCCUUUCGUUUUUGUAGUUUUCUGGUGGCUAAAACGAAACCCCAACAAACCCCGCACAAAUCUUCCUUCCAUUUCACUUCACAAAACCCACACCAAGAACCGAAAGCCCUCCCGCAACCACUAAAACCCUUCAAAAUUUGUGCUUUCUGGGUUCUUAAAUGAGAUGUUGGAACAGAAGAGAGCCCCGAAGAGCCGGGGCUUCUACGUCAGAAUGAAGCUCCAGAACAGCAAACAUGGCCGGCCUCAAGAAAAGAGCUCCUUCUACACAUAUUGCAAAUGGGUCCUCUGGCUUUCCCUCACCCUUUACUUCUUCAGCUCCUACCUCAUUAGUAACCACCCAAAUCAGAACAAGCCCACCACCUCUCUCUCCAAAUCCCAUUUCUCGCCCUUAGCCUCCCGCGCCCUUUUCGAAUCCGCCAUUGACAACACCACCGCCGUCCUCGAAAACAAAGGACUGUUUAAAGGGUUGAAGGUUUUCGUGUACGACUUGCCGGCGAAAUACAACGCGGACUGGCUCUCCAACGAUCGGUGCAGAACCCACUUGUUCGCUUCCGAAGUGGCAAUUCAUCGGGCGCUGUUGACCAGCGACUUUUUGACCCUUGACCCUUCCCAAGCCGACUUCUUCUUCGUUCCCGUCUACGUGUCCUGUAAUUUCAGCACCGUCAAUGGAUUCCCAGCCAUUGGUCACGCCCGGACCCUCAUCGCCUCCGCCAUCCAGCUCAUCAGGACGCGGCACCCAUUUUGGGACCGCACCCAAGGCUCCGACCACGUCUUUGUCGCUUCCCACGACUUCGGUUCUUGCUUUCAUACAAUGCUGUUUCAGGAGAAUGUGGCGAUCGCAGAUGGAGUGCCCGAUUUUCUGAAGAAAUCGAUCGUUUUGCAGACGUUUGGGGUGAAGCACAAGCACCCAUGUCAAGAUGUUGAGAAUGUGGUCAUUCCGCCGUACGUUUCGCCGGAGAGUGUACGGACGACGCUGGAGAAUGCUCCGGCGGACGGCCGGCGGGACAUCUUCGCAUUCUUCCGGGGGAAGAUGGAGGUGCACCCGAAAAACGUCAGCGGACGAUAUUACAGCAAGAGGGUGCGGACGAAUAUAUGGCGGAAGUUCAACGGCGACCGGAGGUUUUACCUGGAACGCAGUCGUUUUGCGGGUUAUCAGUCGGAAAUUGUAAGGUCGGUUUUCUGUUUGUGCCCGCUUGGGUGGGCCCCGUGGAGUCCGAGACUGGUUGAGUCAGUUGCGCUGGGGUGUGUACCAGUGAUAAUAGCGGACGGGAUAAGGCUGCCCUUCGACGACGUCGUUCCGUGGGCGGAGAUUUCGCUAACCGUGGCGGAGAGAGACGUGGGUAAAUUGGGAAAUAUACUCGAACACGUGGCGGCGACGAACUUGAGCACUAUACAAAAGAACAUAUGGGACCCGAGGGUGAGUCGGGCCCUGCUAUUUCACGAUCGUAUCCAACCAGGAGACGCCACGUGGCAGGUUCUGACCGCCCUGGAGAACAAGCUGGCGAGGUCUUACAGGCGCGCGAGUAUUUCCAGCGAAUAGGGAGAAGCCAUGUAGGAUAGGGAUUUUGGGACUUGAGAAUUUUGACGAGGAGAGAGAAAUGGGUCCGCCGGCCAAUGAGGUCGGGGUGUGUAUAGAAUGAAGUGGAAGACAGCCAGAGAUUGCUCAUACAUUUGGGAGGUGGGGCAUCUGUCCUCAGAUAAUGACGUGGCGGGCUGUGAUUGAUCGGUACUGCGGUCGAGCAGUAAAUACAAUAAAUACCCUGUACAAUUAUUACAAGGUACCACUGUAAAAAACAAUUUUGAGGUCCAUUUGAAAAUUCUGAUAAAGUGAAAAAAGAAAAAAGAAUAAGGUCCA